UCGAUACUCCAGCUGGCAGAUUACGCGACCGAACGAGAAGUCUGCGUUUUCCCUUUCCAAUUAAAAUAGCCUGGUUUCCUGUGAUAAAGCGGCGGACUCGAGAUGCACAAGGUGAUCCGGCAGAUGGCCCAGCUGCGCCUGCAGGCGCCGCAGGGAGCAGCGCUCCUCAGAGCGGGCGAAACCCCAGUCACACCAGCACCAGCAACUGCACCUGCCCUCCAGCUCCAAGUGAAGUCCCUGCACACGGGAGGAUUAAUGUGCGCCAAGUGGAACAAGCACAACUACGGACCAAGGAAGUGGCUGGAGUACAACAAGACGGUCCAUCCGCCGCAGGAAACGGACGAGGAGCCCAGGAAGGCGUACGUCUGCCACUCGCGCAACAACAUUAAAUACAGCCCGGACAAGAUGUGGUACAUCGCCGCCUUCGUUCGCGGCAUGUCCGUCGAUGAGGCACUGAAGCAGCUGAACUUUGUGCUCAAGAAGGGAGCCACCGAUGUGAAGGAGACCAUCCUGGAGGCCCAGCAAAUGGCCGUGGAGCGGCACAAUGUGGAGUACAAGAGCAAUCUGUGGAUAGCCGAAUCCUUUGUGGGCAAGGGACGCGUCUUUAAGGGCGUGAGGCGCCACGCCCGCGGUCGCUUCGGCCGGGUGGAGUACAAGCACUGUCACUACUUCGUCCGAUUGGAGGAGGGCGAGCCGCCGCAGCACUACUACCAGGAGCCACAGACGCCGGAGCAGCAGUACGAUCACUGGCUGGAGCAGAUGCGCAGCCGGAAGAUCAUCAACUCACUGUAGCCCCCAGAAAGCGCACUUCCAUUGCACCGGUCCGUACUUUUCCAAUCCUCCACCAUCGCCACCAUCGCGUCCACACAUUAAGCAUUUUUUUUUGUUUUUAGAAGAUUGUUUAAUAAAAAAAAAACAAAAGAAAAUAUUCACGA